UGCUUAGACGCAGACUUAGCCGCUGGCCUCUCAUGGCCUCUCAUCGCAUGCGUGUGACAGCCGUGGCUGUUCUGUUUGCGGCUGGUGUGCGGCAGUUCCUGGCAGACGGACAGACCUCUGGUAGCUGUCACCUACAACUCCAUGGCAAGGGCGAAUUGAAAUCAGCAAAACAUGCUGUGGGAGGUCUUACUUCGGGCGAAGAGGAGACCGAAGGCAGUGGAGACGAAGAGAUGGAGAGCGAUCUUGUGCCACACUGGCAAACCCUGGCAUGGUUCAGGGAGUGUGUGCCUGCAUUCUCUGACGAAGGCUAUGGACUCAAAGCUCCAUCCUUGGUUCCCAUGUCUCUAGAGAAUCACAGCAACUACGAAUUGUACCUCAAGCCUUCUGGCCUCUGCCAGAAUGCGCUCUUUUGUGCAUACCAGGGCUGCACUCCUCCCAAGGGUAAAGCUUGCGCAGCCUUGCAAGAGGAUCAAAUUCGAGAGCUGGUGGCUGCUCCAGAAAAACUCACAGCUCACCUGCACAGGUGCCCGCCAGACAACCUCCCAUUCUCUGUGGUGAAAGCGGAAACGGUGGCUGACAUCAUUGAGGCUGUCGAGUUUGCAAGAUAUACAGGGAGGUCCAUAUCUAUCAAGGUCUCAGGCCACAACUAUGCUGGCUCCAGCCUCUUUUACGGAUCGGUGAACAUCAACAUGGCCAACUACCAGAAGUAUUCCAAAUCAAAUAUUAUUGAGUGCGGAACCCUGCCGGAGCCCAUUCCCACAAGUCUCACGAACCAGAAGGCCGUCUGUGACCUAGCAGCUGCCCGGGGAAAGAAGGCCGUAGUUCGAGUGGGCGGCGGGGAAAACUGGAACGAACUCUAUUCAGCUGUUUACUGGUACCAAUUUCCAACCCAAACGACCCGCAGAUAUCUUGUGGUGGGUGGAGCUGCAGGGACCGUUUCAGCUGCUGGGGGUUGGCUGCAGGGCUCAGGCUUGUCUGGCACCAUAGGCAUGCGCAUCUUUGGUUUCGGCGUGGAUCAGGUCUUGCAGAUCGAGAUGGUGUUGUCCAAUGGUAAACAUGUGAGGUUCAUGCCCAGCAGUUGGACAAAUGAUUCGAAUGUGACUGGAAAAAUCUACCCACAGACUUUGACCGUCUCUGGGGAAUGUAAUCAAAAUCCAGUGGCUGAUGAGACCAAGUGGCACUGGGAACCUUGCGAUGAUCUUGGACUCCUCGUGACUUUCAAGGAUUUGUGGUUUGCAGUCCGGGGAGGCGGCGGAGGUACCUACGGAAUUGUGACUUCUGUCUACUAUCAACUUCAUGAACAGGUGAGCCAACAGCUACCGCAGGACUACUACAUUGUUUUCACUCUUCCCGCAGUGCUGUCAAGUUGCACCGAAGAGGCUUGCAAUGACUUGGUCAGAUCCCUGUGGCUCAACUUUGUCCGGGACUUCUUCCAUCCAAAGGAGGAGUUUCCGUGGAAAGAUGAUAGCAAAUUCUGUGGCACUUCCAGCCUCAACUUGGAUAUCUUUCUAGGGGGCGGAACGAUCUACUGCCAUGGUGAGACAGCAAUUUUCACCUUCGUUGGUGUUUGGCAGAGCUUUGUGGCCGGCUAUCAGGAAGCACUUAAAGCUGUCGGUCUCAGCGAAGAAGAUGUAGCCAAGCUGCAAGCGGCUGAAGGAGGAAUCUUAGCCUUUGCUUUGAAUGCCGAUUGGUACCCCGCCUUGCUGGUCACUAUCCCUUCGUUCCCAUGGCCAGCCCACAUGAAUAAGUAUCCUACUGAAAUCCCAGAUGUUCCAACACCAGCAACCUAUCCGGACAACUAUCCAGUCGACUGGAAUGCCUUGGUGCCAGUCGAAUGGCUUUACCUUGACCGUGGCAUACCGACCCUUCUGGCUCUAGUGAAGGGGGGGCUGGGGGGUGCUUCAACUUACAUCUUGGGAGGACAAUUAGCUGUGUCAGAUGACGGUCUCACUUCUGUGCCUGAGUUCCAGAGGAAAGCAGGCUUCAUGAUGUUCCUUACCGGCGGGGAAUCUGUUGAGAGUUUUUUGCGUGGAACCUUCGAGGAAUACAUUGGUGGAAACUCUUCCACAAAAGCUUUCCCCGGCGGCAGCAGUUACAACCACUUCUCAGCCAUAGCUUAUGGUCCCUUGAAACAUGAUUGGACCAAGGCGUGUCCAGAUUCUUUGAGUGAUUUUGAGAAGGCAAAGAAGUGUUUGUCGCUCCAAGAAUCGGUAUGGGGCACGGAACAGCUGGCAAAGCUCGAAGAGGUGAAGGAAAAGGCAGAUCCAGAAGAUCUCUUCCAGUGCUUUGAUUGCGUGGGCUUCAAGGGUAUUCACCGGUCUCACCGACCAUGGGAGCCGAAACGGGGUUUUUGCUUGCAACCCGGCUACGCUUCGACCUGCUUCAAGUGGCUGGACCAUGAUCCUGCUGGCGACGUGAAUUUCAUGAAGAAGGCCAGGAGUGAGCUCUUGGAGGCAUUGAAGCAUCACUAUCAUCUUGAACACCUUGUGAUGCCAGAGAUGGCCAAGGAUGCGCCCAGCUACAAGGUGAAGGUUCAAGCAACAAAACUCAAAGUCGCCCUUCCCCAGGUGCUGAGCUCCUAAUUCGGAUAAUUAGUGGAUAGGAGAGGCAGUUCAAAUUGUACUGUCCUUGCUGACCGUUUUGACUGGGGCAGCAGAGUAACAAGUAUUCUGCACACCAGAGUAGUUGGUACCCAGCGCAUAGACGGCCGUGGACC